AUGGCCAGACCCAAAAAGAGUGGCCGACCAUGGAAGGGAGGCAAAAGUGUAUCAACUAAGCGCCCCGAGACUCGGUCACAUUCAGGACUUCCUGAAAAUAGCCAUGCAAUGCUAGCCAUUUCAACAGCUGCAAUUACGUUGGUGGAAGAAGCUCGGCAAACGUCGUUGCACGAUCAUGGUCUCUGGAAUGAGCACGCUCAGCUUCGAAAGAAUCCAGUGCAUUUCGUUAGUGCUGGACGAACCGAUCCACUAAAGGACUAUCCGACCAAAGCAAAGUCCAGCGAAUCCAAUUCCAGUGACAAAGAAACCAUGCUGAAACUAUCGCUGGAAACUCAAAACGGGAUGCGCAGUAGCGAUCUCAUCCUUGAUGAUAGCCCAACUCAAAAAUGCGACAAAUUUAACGAAAAGGGGUCGCAAACUUUUUAUUUUGACAUAACUGGGGAUAAGACACCUAAACGCUCCCACUGCUCACAAGCCGUGGUGUCAAAUCGGCCUUCGUAUCCAGACAGCACCUCAAGCGAGGAGGUCAUCUUGUUCAGAGGACGAAGGGAAUGGGAAGGACAAGGGUUCAAAGCACAGGAAUUGCUUCGAGAGCAAGCAGUACAUCACACUACCGAAUCCCCACACCAAGCCCUAAGUGCGGAUGAAUACUAUCUCUCAACAGACUUGCAAUCUUCUAGAAGUCGUAAGCGUGGAAAGAGAAUGGGCCAGAAACAGGACGAAACCAGUGACGAAGAUAUAGUGGCUGACUAUAUUAACAAUAUGCGGGACAGUGGGGAACUAGACUGUCUCUUCGACAAAAUAGGGGGCAACCAACGAGAACUUGGCGCACACGAUACUGAAGUUGUGUUCAGUUGUUCUGAUUCCGAUGUCAAGCAUAAUAGACCUCAGGACACCAACAGGACAACAGGAAACCAGGCACCACAGCAUGGAAGACGUUAUUGUAAAUCCACUGAAGGCACUUUGCGACACACAGAAGAUCCAGAGGAUGAAGAUGCCCUUGUCGAACUCAUUGCUGCACAAGACCUGAGCUCCAGUUCCGACGUUGCUGCUGAGACACAGACUCCAGAGCCUAACUUCCCCCACACUCGACCUUCAAGAAGUUAUGGUGCUAACAAGCAAGAGGAAUUUGAUUUUAUGGAUUGGAGCACAGCUCAUAUUCGAUCAAAGAAGGGUAAAGGAUACCGUUCUCAAGUACCAUUUAACAAUGACGAUUCCGACCUAGAAGUACAGUUGCAGGUGGCUUGGAAGAAUGACCGGAUGAGAAAAAAGGAACGUAAAAGACAACGAGAAGAACUUCGUUCACUAGGGAUGCUUCGGAGAAACGCCAAGCCAGACGAUCUGAGAACGAAAUAUCCCUCGGGAAUGAGUAUUGAACAAGUUGGAGAGGAGAUUGAGAGGUUUCUGCGCAGCGGGGACGAAGUGUAUGAUUCUCUUGCCAGAACUUCCUACUACGGCAACAAGGUCAAUACUAAUUCGAUAUUUACUUCCAGGCUAUCUUUUCCACCAAUGGACCUCCACGCCCGGAAGUUGAUUCACGAGCUUGCCAGCAAGUUCAACAUAAAAUCUAAAUCAACUGGUAAAGCCGACCAGCGCCGCCCAACGCUGUAUCGUACAGUCAGAACACUGUCGUAUGCUGAACUACCAUUCCAAUAUGCCCUAGGGCAAAUCCAACGGCGCUUCCUGCCCCGACUUGAUAAUAAGGGUAAAAGAAAUUCGAAACCAUCUGCAACACGAUGCCAAAACCAUGGAGCGGCCAGCUAUCAUGAAGGAGAAGUGGUUGGUGCGUCAGCACCGGAACUCGGCGUAGAUAACCGCGGAAGAGCCAUGCUGGAGAGAAUGGGUUGGAGUCGUGGGACCGCCCUCGGGGCUAUCGACAACCAGGGUAUAUUGCAGCCGGUAACACAGACGAUGAAGAAAUCGAAGGCAGGACUGGGGUGA